GCUUAACCAGAGCAGAGUCGAAGCGGAAGUAGCAGGUGAUGAGCCAAAUGAUGGUGGGCAAUCCCGCGUCUCUUCUCACCAUCUCUAACGCAUCUGCCGCCAAUUUCAUCUAUUUUCGCAUUCAAGUGCGAAAUGAAACUCCAAAAACUAUGCCACAUUUCUUGUAUUUCUCAAACUCAUCUUCAACUGCGUCGGACUGCCUUCACUUCAAAAGCAGCUGUUCCCUCUCUUCUCCACAACAAUCUCAACGCACCCAUUUCAGUUUUUGUUCUCUUUUAAGGAAAAGAGAUGAUAUUUUGUGUGUGAAUGCGAUAAAGAAACAAAGAAACGGCGACCCUGCCCACAUGGAAAUGAGCGACUUGGAUGAGAUGGAUUAUGAAUUUGAUGAUUUUGAUGAUGAGAGUGAGGAUGAUGAAGAUGGAGAGAUGUUUGUGCCCUUUGGGAAGAUGAAAAAGUGGCUAGAGAACAAGCCCAGUGGAUUCGGUGAAGGGAAAGUGUAUGACACCUCAAUUGAAGACAAGAUGCUCGAAGAAAUGGAACAGAGUAGAAAGGCACAGGCUGCUAAUAUCAAUAAACUUAAAAACGAUUCUAUCCUUUCUUCGCCCCAGAAAGACAAUCAAAACAAGAAAGUAACUGAUGUUGUAGCAAGUGGCUUUCGCGUUCGUAUUGUCAACCUUCCAAAGAAAAAGAAUAUAUACAGAGAUCUAAAAUCAGCAUUUAAAGAGGUUCCUGGCAUCAUGAAUAUUAUCCCAGCUGUUUCUGGAAAUAAAAAGACAAAGGAUCCUAUUUGCAAGGGCUUUGCUUUUGUUGAUUUCAAAUCUGAGGAGGAUGCCAAUAGGUUUUUGCAACAAUUUUCUGGACAAAGUGUAGCAUUCGGCAGGACUCAGAAGCAGAUAAAGUGUAUGAUGACAAAUUCACACUCUUCCAACUCUUCUGAUGAUGAAUCAGCAGACAGCUUUUACACUGGUUCACACUUGGUGAUUCCUACUCCGGAAGAAGAUAAACGUUCUUCUUCUGAUGGGGAUGAUUCAUCCUUAGAAGAAACUUCCCGUGAGGUAUCUGGUAACACAGAUGAACUUGUAACAGAAGAAUUGCAAGACACGGUUGACAAUUUGGAGUCUUCCAGUGUAUCAGAGCUUGAUAGUAGUGAUAGCACGGAAUCAAAGUUAGAAUCUAAACCUAGUUCAUUUUCAUCGAAGAAACAGUAUAAAGGUGGGGCUACUAAGAAAAAGACUGUUGUGAAAGAGAGAAAAGAGAAGGUUCCCAAGAUGGAAAUCCCAGGAUCAGGAAAGAGGCUGAAGAUCAAGGAGAAGGCUGUGCUGACUAGUGUAUUCUCUAAAUACGGAUUGCAAUCAUCUCUGUCUUCAAAAGAAGGGAGCUAAUCCAUAAAUGACGACUCUGGCAAGGGAAAGCAAAAUGUUUAUGUUGUUGGUUUGCCCAAAUGAAAAAUAGACAAUUUAAGUUAUGGGCAUAACCUAUAGAGCCUGAUGUGGUAAUCUGCAUAAUUCUGAGACCUGACCACUUUCUUGCCUGUCCCAAUUACGCACAUUUAUCAAGCGAUUUUCGUUUUCAA